AUGAAUCUCGCUAGACUACAUGUUUAGCAAUCCAUAGAUUUUAAGCACUCUGUUGGUCAAUAUAAAAUUCUAAAAAUGUUUCUUAUUUAUUAAUUUAUAGAUUCUUAUGAAUGCAUAACAGUAUUUCCAUUAGAUACCUACAAACGAAUAAUUAAAUCAUAAAUCGAAAUACAAUUAUUAAACAAUUGCUUGCAAGAUCUAAGAAACUAUUAAAAUGAUUGUAUCAUUUUCUGGGAGACUCAUAUCUCUUGUAAGGAUGUGAGCAUCUUUAAUUUUAAGAACAUAAAGAAAAAUAAUGGCAAAAUAGUUGCUGUUUUUCUCUUUAGGUACUUUAGAAANUGCAUGUAUUAUGAUUACUAAAACCCUGAAAACCAAGAGGAAAUCAGAUACAAAAUGGUCUUAGGAGAAGUGGUAAGUGAAGUAACUGAUUUACCAGGCGGACUAGUAGCUGUAACAGUACCUGCUCAUCGUUUCUGCCGUUUGGAUUGUGGACCAGGUCCUAUUCCCAAAGUUGUGAUUGACGCUUGGUAAUCAUUGCCAAAUUUAACCCCAGAAGAUUUUGGUGGAGCCAGAUCACAUGAUUAUGACUUUGAGGUGUAUCCUGAGGACACAAACUUAAAGGAGAACAUUAAAUUUGAAUUGUUCAUUGGUAUAUAAAAAUGA